GCGGCCCCAUUUACUCUGCGGCCGGCACCCACACCGCCGGAGCCGGCAAGCUGGUGGCCGUCAUUGCUGCGCCUCCUCGUCUCCCCGCGUCACUGCUGCCGCCAUGCCUGGAGGUCUCCUUCUCGGGGACGAGGCUCCCAACUUCGAGGCCAAUACUACCAUCGGCCGUAUCCGUUUCCACGACUAUCUGGGAGACUCAUGGGGCAUUCUCUUCUCCCACCCUCGAGAUUUCACCCCUGUGUGUACCACAGAGCUCGGCAGAGCCGCAAAGCUGGCACCAGAAUUUGCCAAGAAGAACGUGAAGAUGAUUGCCCUCUCAGUGGACAGUGUUGAAGACCAUCUUGCCUGGAGUAAGGAUAUCAAUGCUUACAACGGUCAGGAGCCCACAGAGAAAUUACCUUUCCCCAUCAUUGACGAUAAGAAUCGGGACCUUGCCAUCCUGUUAGGUAUGCUGGACCCAGCAGAGAAGGACGAAAAGGGCAUGCCUGUGACAGCUCGUGUGGUAUUUAUUUUUGGUCCUGAUAAGAAACUGAAGCUGUCUAUCCUCUACCCAGCAACCACUGGCAGGAACUUUGAUGAGAUUCUCAGGGUAAUUACCUCUCUCCAGCUGACAGCGGAAAAGAGGGUUGCCACCCCCGUUGAUUGGAAGGAUGGAGAUAGCGUGAUGGUGCUUCCAACCAUCCCCGAAGAUGAAGCCAAAAAAAUUUUCCCUAAAGGAGUCUUCACCAAAGAGCUCCCGUCUGGCAAGAAGUACCUCCGUUACACACCCCAGCCAUAAGGAGGUGGUUAACACAGUGAGCCACAGGACGCCGGCUGCCAAUCAUGUUCUCCGGCACCUGCUCCAUCCCAACAUCCUGGUGUGAUCACAGCCAAGGUCUUUAGGUUGCUAUACUACUGGCUUAUUAAACGAAAAUGGCACUAAAAAUUUUUUGGGAUCCUUUCCUCUGUGCCUUCACCAGCAUUCUGUUCUGUUCCUGUACCGUAGCACUCUCUGCUGACCGUCUCUGAAAUAUAGUCUGUAUGUGAGAUUCAAGUCUUGGGUGUCUACAGGAUUUGGGAUUGACAAGGUAGUCUCAGUUGAUGGUGGAGAAAGUCUGCUCUGCUCCAUCAUAGAAUGACUGUCAGGUUUUUAGCUGUUCCAGUCAAAUCCAGAACUUGACUUUCAAAUUCCUCUAUAGACAAUGAGUGUAUAACCCCAAAACCUGUGGAGUGCCCAUGUUCUCCACUCUUCAGGGUUUUGAUCACAGCGGGGGCAACACACUUUUCAGUUCUGUACUUUUUCAGUAGAUAAAACUGAAGUGGGAUGAGUGGGGGAGGAAUCUUUAAGUAUUUUGCUAUAAUGAAAAUGUUUCAAAAAAUUUCUCUCAAAAAAGAGAGGCUCUACUCGCCUGCCUGCCAGGGAGAUGUACCAGGAGGUGUGAGCAAUACGACAGAGCCGUGUGCCUUUCACGCAGAGUAUUUCCAUAUGUCCGUCUGGUCUACACUGAUAGGCGCGAGCAAGAGCAUGCCUUGGAAAAAAAGGAGGAAAUGAUUGAAAAUAUUUUAUUAAAGAACUAUUCUUGCGUUGAGGGGGUGGGGCUGUUUUCUGAUUUUUGCUUUUUGAGGAUCAGCAAAUAAAUACUUUGUUAAAACUGGA